ACUGAAUGAAUGCGCUGUUUUACUGGCAUAACAGCACAUUAACAUCCCAUAAUGACAUUCCAGUGUUUCAUACCUAACUGAGGUAAUCUGGAGGAGCGGAGGAGCAGUGGAGCUGAGGAAACACUGGAAGCAGAUCAUCGGAGUGACUUCAAGGAAAGUACAAACAGAAGUUGCAGCAGAAGGCUGUGGAGCAACCUGAGCAGAAGAAAUCCAAGUCGGCUGAAUUUCUGAUGGCAGAAAGAGUCUUGAUGGAGGGUGCUGUGAAUCCUGCGUUCCAGGAGGACUCAGAGGAAGAGAGCGAGAUGAGAAGUGGCGGGCACGAUAGCACACUUGCAGCUCAGAAGUGUGUGGGGCUGCAGGCCACAGCUACGACACGAGGAAAUGAAGGUGCCCAAAAUUACUUUGACCCCUCUUCGGCAGCGGAGGGUGACCCAAGGCGGUGCAGGAUGUCUGGGGUCGGAGGCAGAGAUGAGCUGGAAUUAAAAUUUAUGAAUGAAGAUGAGAGAAACCUUUAUGAUAAACUUUCUGAAAUGUUUCAAGAAGAAGACGCCUCCACUGUCAUAGAUUUACCAGGUAUGGUGACAUCUGAGCAUGCUGAGUAUGUUGAACCAGCAGCUGAGAAUGGAUGGAGGGAUCGACGGAGGGCUGAGCUGUUGGAGAGGAGAGCGGAGGUCAUUCCUCCGUACGUGGAGCAGCUCAAAGAGUGUGUUCAGAGAGACAUGAUCCCAGUGAGCAGACUCACAUUAGAACAGGAAGAGCGUUCAGAGCGAGGGAAGACGGAGGAAAAGGUGUGGGCGAGGAAGAAGAGAGUAAUGUCGCUCUUAAGGGGAAAUUCAAAGAUUAGGCGCAUAGAUGAAGAAGAAGCCAUUCUGCAGGACAGACUCUAUGCUGUGUUCCAGCGGGCGGAGAAUCGUCUGCUGAAUUCUCUGCGUCAACGCCAGGCUGAGGUCGUCAACCAAUAUGGUGAAAUUAUUGAAGAGACAGAAAACACAGAACAUUUGGGCAUUGAAUCUGACCUCCACUGGCAGGUGGAAUGGAUUCGGACCCCGGAGCCCAUAGAGGUGCUUGUUUUGUGUUUGAGGGCCGUGAGAGAGAAGCUGCCCAGAGGUCUGUACUCACUGAGCGUGUCUCUUCAGACUCAGCUGGGCGGCCGCACGCUGCGCUGGUCCCGUCUGCAGGAGCAGCAGUGGGUUGGAAGAACAGAACCCGUGGAACACCAGGGCCGAUACUUUGACAUAGAGCUCAACAUUAACCAGAGCCUCUACAUGGUCUUGCCUGCAUCAUGUGAUCUGUUGCCAUCCAGUGCGUUAGUGUUCAAGCUGUUAUCUCUGCCUGGAGAUCACAGUCAUGUGAGUUCUGUAGUGGGCUGGGGUGCAUUUCCCAUCUGCGACUGCUCCUUCCAACUCUUCAAUGGCAAGUUCAAGACCCCUCUCUUGCGUGGCAGUCCGAACCCCUCACUCAACCAGUUCCGCAGAAUUGAGCAUCUGCUUUCCACUGACCUGGACAACUGGCUAUGCAACCUUUACUUCCAGGUGAAGAGACUCCCGCGGGGUAGCACCGGGGUGCCGGAGCGCAGCUUCACCCUGCAGAUCCCUUCUCACCCCCAGCUGAGCUCCAGCCAGGGGCUUCAUCCCCAUCCGGACACCUCCAUCCACUCUUCUGCUUCUCUGCCAGGUAAGAGCCCCAGUGGAGCUGUGUCAGCCUCUGAGCCCAGCAACCAGACAAACCGCCACAUCGCUGAGAAAUCCAAGGCCGAAAUUCAUAGCAAGAGCGGCAGGCAGAAGAAGAUAAUCGAGAGAAACAGUGAGGCGCUCAAACCUCUCCCUAAAGAUCAGCUAGACCAGUUCACCUUCUCUGUGAGAUCUCAGCAUCACAAUCAGCACAGGUCUGCCGCUGUGUGCUGUGGGACAGGCGAGAGAACACGUCUGGCAGUGCGUCUCCUCCCGUCACUGCUCGGUUUGUCCUGCCGUCCACGUCCUCAUCUGUCUCAGAUCAGUCUGACCAUUCUCCUGUUCAGCUUAAUGUGGUUUCCCCGUCUAUACCUUCAUUACUGCAGCCAGUGGCUCUUCCUGCAGGCUCAACACAUCCCCAUCAACAGAUUUGGGUUGAGUGCGCACACGGUGGAUCUGGUCUAUCAGGGUUCGCUGCUGUCUACCCUGGAGGAGGUUCUGCUGGUGCUGCUGGGCCCCCUGACCUUGAAUGCAGCUACGCUACUGCUGCUCCUGAUCAGAUGGGGCUGUCAGCUAACGUUUGGCUCACCGCCCUCCUUCCUGUCAAAGUUUAUCAUGGCUGCGGCGGUGUGGACAUUCCUGGACCCUCUGGCGGUCUUUGCUGUGGAUGCCGUCCUGGGGCGUCUGUCCUACAGUGCAGAGGAACCGUUAGCAGAUGCUGCUAAGCUGUACUGGCAUUUCUUUCGGACUGAGCAGUCGGGCACAGCAGGCAUCAUCAUCACACUCUUCUUGUACGGGGUCCACAGCAUCCUCUCCUUCACCUUCAUUUAUGUUUACUUCCUCAGACUUCACAAUGAUGGGAGACUAUUAGAUAUCUACCAGCGGCUCCACAGCACUGAGGGAGCAUUCUUUGUUCCACAUGACAUGGAGGUUUCCAACCAGGAGCUCAAUUACAUUGUAAAGAAGGCAGAGCAAUGGAGAGGCUUCAAUGGAGAGAGACGCAAGGUGGCAGUGUAUGACUACAUCUGGAUGGAGGAGGAGCCUGUGGUAGGAUUGGUACCACCUUCGGGCACACCUAAUACCGGAUGUGAGACCAGCACCCAUUUAUCCAUCUACACACUUCACUUGAGCGGCCUGCGCCAACAUUACAGACACUUUCUGAGACAACCUGAUGGAGCCAUUAUAGAGGUGAUGCAUGAUUCUGACAGUAAAGAGUUUCGGCGAUCAGAGGCGCAUGAGGAACAUGGGAGGAUGAAGAAUGUGAUGCAUCUCAGAGAGAGGAAGAGGAGAAAACCUGCCUGGCGAUCACACAGGGUUGAGCCUCUUGGAGGAAGUGCCUGUGACUCAAGCAAUGGAAUAAAAGAGCCCACCCCAUAAAUUUAAGUAGCCACACUAUAUAUAUAUAUAUAUAUAUAUAUAUAUAUAUAUAUAUAUAUAUAUAUAAGUGUUUCAAAACCCAUGGGUCCUUUACCAUAGAUUUGAAUAUAUAUACACACACCAGUGUAAAGGGCAAGUGUCUAAAAAUCUACUGAACAGCAGAUUCAAAGUUAAAAGUCAGAGAAAGAGCUCUCGCAGCAUUUGUUUGCAGAUGCUUCUUGGUUUGAUAUUUUAGAGCUUUUAAGUGUGACUUAUGUGUCCAAAUACUUUUUUAAGUAUUUAAAGUAUAUAAAACUGUAUACCUGUAUACUAUAGCAAAAACAUGGUAGCAGAACUCACAAAGGACUCCAGUAAAAGUUGCACUACCAUGGAUUUGAAUGAAAAUUUGAAUGCAUUCUGAAUUACAUUAAUCAAAAGCAACAUAAAAUCAGAUUAUGACUUUCAUGGUUUCCAGUUUUUGGUGUCAGAUCUCCUUUGACAGAAGUAGAAACCAAUACCAGAAUGUCGAAGAAAAGUACAACACAGAAAUGCAAAGCAGUUCAUCACUCAGGAAACAAUGUAAAGUAACAGUUCUAUGAAGACAUGAAUGUGGGUCGUUUGGUCUUCACUGCUGCUUCAACACCAUGAAAAAUGACGAUUCUAAAAGUCACUUAUCAAGACACAGUGAUAAAAUAUCAAUAUUGGGGCCACAUUAAGCAGGAUAAUAUUCUGUCUGCCUUGAUUUGUAUUGAGUAUGUGUCUGCUGCCCGGUGCUUGACGUAAUGAACUCGACCACAAAUCAGGCCUUAAUGGGGCCCUACUUAUAUAUACUGCUUAAUUAAAGGUUGUGGGCUUAUUAACAUGUGUCAGCGGUGGCGGCCGGGUGAGAUUGAAUCUGUUCGUACGGUGCCAGGUUGUAAAGGUUUUAUAGAUAACCUAUCAUUAUUAAACCCCAUUGCUUAAUAUCAGAUCUUAAUAACCUGUCAUUUUCAUUGAUGAUGAUUUUCUUUAUGGGAGGCCAUUAUGGCCCAAAGUUGCGGCUGUUUGGGGAAAAGCUGUUUGGGACUCUCGGCACCUCAGAGCUUAUGACUCUCGUGUGCUCAUUGAACUUUCUGUCUUUUAUGCGACGAGAGAGAGCAUCAGUGAGUAGUGACCAGAGGGCUUUUAGCUCAGAACAGCCCAGCUGAGAUGAGCCUUCAUCUGUUUCUCUCUGUGUAGAGUUCAAGAGAGCUUCUUCCCUGACCAGCAUCAGAAAAACACAUUCAGCCCAUCAUACACAUUCAUAUCCAUCAUGCAUUCUUGGAUUUUUAUUAGAACUGAUAGUAGAUGGCAUACAUACAAUAUACUGAACCACGUGUUUGUUUG